AAAUUUUAACCUUAGUUAUUUCUGUCAUUCUCUCAUUUUGUGUUGCAUUUCAAUUUGUUUAUAAUAAUCAUAAAAUUGAGCUAUUUUAUUGAAAUGUUUAUUAUAUACCCGAUUUCAGUUACAAUUCGAUUUGUAUUACAAAGUGAUAGCUUGGACCUGCUCGGGCACAGUUUGUGUCAUUAUCAAUAAGUUAUUUGAAGUUGAAGAUUUUCUAAUAAAAACUUCAAUGGAAACUCGAAAUGUAUCAAAUUGUUGCAGAGCAUGUUUACGCUCUGGUUGCUCUUUAACACCUAUCAGUAUUGAAGAUAGUGAUUCAGUAAAAUUUAGUGAUAAAUUAAUUUCAUGUGUAUCGGAAGUUCCAUGGGUUAAAAUGGAGAUAAAUUCAGUGAUAUGCAGUGAGUGCAUCAAUAUGUUGAGAAUUAGCUAUGAUUUUCGAAAUACAUGUAUAACAACUCAUGCAACUUUGGAAAAAAUUAUUAGUGAAGGGAACAGGAAUGAUGAUAGUUCAGCUGUUUUAUUUAGUACUAAAUAUGAUUGUACCGACUCAUCUUUAAUACAAACCAUUGAUAGUUUACCAGAUGAAGAUAUAACCAAUUCAGAAUUCCUUCAUCUGAAACAUUUUCUAGAUGAUGAGGACAGUGUUAAAAAUCCACAAAUUCUGUCUAGUGACAGAUCAAAAAACAAUUUAUCAGACUCUGCAACAGAGCGUUUUAUUCAUGAUUAUAAUCAAACACAAACCAUUGAAAUUGAAGUUCAUGAUAUUGAAGGAAUUAUUCUCAGUACGAAGGAUGAUUCAGACAGCGAACAUAACACAGAACUAAAUAAUGGAGAUUAUAAUAUCCAAGUUAAUAAGAGUAAGAUGGAAGUUAUAGAUGAAAAAAUUAAAAUAGAGGAAAUAAAUGCAAUCCAUAACAUUUGUACAAACAGUUCUGUUGGAGAGUCAGAUAGUGAAAAAGAAAGAUUUGAUAUUGAUGCAAGCUUAGUUGACUCACUUAGUGCGGACAGUUCUGUUGAAACGACAAUAAAUCACUUAAAGAAAGAGAAAAAGCAUAAAGUUAAAGUUGUGGCAUUUAAACAGAAAAAGAACACAGGUAUUCAAGUAAGACCACCUCUGUCUGCUCCUGCUAAAUCCAAGAGUAAUACCUGUACAAUAUGCGGAAAGUGUUACCGAAAAAAGGCUAAUUUAACGGUGCAUAUGAGAAGUCACACAGGAGAAAAACCGUUUGAGUGCAAAUAUUGUGAACGAAGGUUUUACCAUUCUUCACAUUUAAAAGAACACCUACGCAGGCAUACCGGCGAAAAGCCGUUUCAGUGUAACGUUUGUGUGAAGAGAUUUACUAUUAAAGGUGAAUUGACGAUGCACAUGAAAUCACAUACUGGUGAAAAACCAUUUCCGUGCAGUGUUUGUAACAGGAGAUGUUUGACAUCAUCGGAUUUGAAAAUUCAUAUGAGAACACAUACCGGAGAAAAACCUUACACUUGUGAGACUUGUGGGAGAAAAUUUGGCAGUGCCUAUAUUUUGACUUCUCACAUUAAAACUCAUACAGGUGACCGUCCUCAUGCUUGUAAAGUGUGUGAUAAAACCUUUACACAAUCAUCACAUUUAAAUGUACAUAUGAGGAAACAUACAGGUGAAAAGAUCACUUGCAAAUAUUGUGAUGCCAGCUUCAAUCAUUCCUCGCAAUUAACUGUUCACAUGAGAGAACAUACAGGUAAACAGCCGUACAAAUGCGAAAUUUGUGACAAGCUGUGCAAUUACGCUUCUGGAUUACAAACUCACAUGUUAAAACAUACAGGAAAGAAAUUUUCAUGCAAUACGUGCGAGAAACAAUUUACCACUGCCGCUUACUUGGCAGAACACGUACGCUACCAUACCGGUGAGAAUUUGUUUGCCUGUUUGGUUUGUGAGAGACAGUUUACAAGAAAAACAUAUUUAGAUAAGCACUUGAGAACACACACUGGAGAGAAGCCAUAUACCUGUUUUGUUUGUGGUAGAAGUUUCAGUCAGUCCUCAAGUUUAAAGCUUGUGAGAAGAGAAGAUUAUUGUCAUAUGAUUGUCAUGAUUGAUUAUUUGAGAUUCCACGAUUAUUCGGCAUUUUUGUAAUUUUUGUUUUGUGGUUGAGAUCCAGACAAAACGUUUCCUUUAAAGAAUAAAGACUAUCAAAAACAUUGAAUACCUACGGGACACCUACUGAUACUCUGUGCGAGCUCCCAACCGUGCUUCCCUGUUUACUCCCAACCAAGUUAGAUAAAAAAGAUAUUGAAGAUUGCAGCCUUGAGCUGGAGUAUGGCAAGGAGUAUGGGCUCCACUACGACAUGUACAGAAACGGAUUACCUAAACUGGUAAGCAUGUAAAAUUAAACCUUAAUGAAAAAUUGAACUUAUUUAUUUUUAGUUCAAGAAAAGGCAUGACAAUCCACAACCCACCAAAGACCUGGUAAAUGAAUUCUGCAAAAACUGAAAACCAAACUAAGUUAAAUAAAUUAUUAUGUUCCUA